AUGGACAGUCCCCCGACGUCGGAAGGCGGGCCCGAGAAUUUAGAUAACGCCUUUGCCCGAACAGGUAGGUGGGAGCUUGUCAAUAUAAGGGCGUGGGCACCAAUAAUCGUUCAUGGCUUGCAAAAGGGCAAAAAGAUUGACCGACGCAGGGAUCGAACCUGCAAUCUCUUGAUUCGUAGUCAAGCGCCUUGCCAUUGGGCCAGCCGGCCACGCUGUUGUGAAAUUUUUGGUCUCAAUGUGCAUCAUAAGCGGAGGCAGAUUUUUCUAGGGCAAGGACCCACUUAA